AGGAUCAUGCAAAUUUUGAUUGUUACCUAGAGGAUCAAGACAUAAUGGGAGCAUUUUUAGACAAACCAAAGAUGGAAAAACAUAACGCCCAAGGCCAGGGUAAUGGGUUGCGUUAUGGGCUAAGCAGCAUGCAAGGCUGGCGAGUUGAAAUGGAGGAUGCACAUACAGCUGUGAUUGGUUUGCCAAGUGGACUUGAAACAUGGUCAUUCUUUGCUGUAUAUGAUGGGCAUGCUGGUUCUCAGGUUGCCAAAUACUGCUGUGAGCAUUUGUUAGAUCACAUCACCAAUAACCAGGAUUUUAAAGGGUCUGCAGGAGCACCUUCUGUGGAAAAUGUGAAGAAUGGAAUCAGAACAGGUUUUCUGGAAAUUGAUGAACACAUGAGAGUCAUGUCAGAGAAGAAACAUGGUGCUGAUAGAAGUGGGUCAACAGCUGUAGGUGUCUUAAUAUCUCCUCAGCAUACUUAUUUCAUUAACUGUGGAGACUCGAGAGGUUUACUUUGUAGGAACAGGAAAGUUCACUUCUUCACACAAGAUCACAAACCAAGUAAUCCGCUGGAAAAAGAACGAAUUCAGAAUGCAGGUGGUUCUGUGAUGAUUCAGCGUGUGAAUGGCUCUUUGGCUGUGUCAAGGGCCCUUGGGGACUUUGAUUACAAAUGUGUCCAUGGAAAAGGUCCUACCGAGCAGCUUGUUUCACCAGAGCCUGAAGUCCAUGAUAUUGAAAGAUCUGAAGAAGAUGAUCAGUUCAUUAUUCUUGCAUGUGAUGGUAUUUGGGAUGUUAUGGGAAAUGAAGAGCUCUGUGAUUUUGUAAGAUCCAGACUUGAAGUCACUGAUGACCUUGAGAAAGUUUGCAAUGAAGUAGUCGACACCUGUUUGUAUAAGGGAAGUCGAGACAACAUGAGUGUGAUAUUGAUCUGUUUUCCAAAUGCACCCAAAGUAUCACCAGAAGCAGUGAAGAAGGAGGCAGAGUUGGACAAGUACCUGGAAAGCAGAGUAGAAGAAAUCAUAAAGAAGCAGGGGGAAGGCGUCCCUGACUUAGUCCAUGUGAUGCGCACAUUAGCGAGUGAGAACAUCCCCAGCCUCCCACCAGGGGGUGAAUUGGCAAGCAAGCGGAAUGUAAUUGAAGCCGUUUACAAUAGACUGAAUCCUUAAAAUGAUGACACUGAUUCUACAUCAACUGAUGAUAUGUGGUAAAACUGCUCAUCUGGCCAUGAAGUUUACCUUCACCUCCAAAGCAAAGUACAGCUCAACUUCACUGAACCUUUUAAGCAUCCAUCUUCAACUUCUAGGGAAUAUAUGACGUGGGUGAGAAUGAUUACACCAGAGAACGUCAGCAGUACAACAGCUAGCCCAGAACUGAUUUUUUUUUUUUGUAAAUUUGCGACUUAUGUAAACGUGAUUUUAAAUCAUAAUUCAUGUUGUAAAUCAGACUCCAGCAAUUUUUGUUGUAUGAUUUUGUUUUUUGUAAAGUAUAAUUGUCCUUGUACAAAAUGCUCAUAUUUAAUUAUGAACUGCUUUAAAUCACUAUCAAAGUUAUAAGAAAUGUUUGGCUUGUUGUGUGAUGCAACAGAUAUAUAGCCCUUUCAAGUCAUUUUGUGUCUGGACUUGGGGUUGGGACAGGGAGAGCAGCAGCCAUAUCAGCUAGAAAUUCAAAAGUGCAUGUGAUUUGGAGAAGUAUUCCAAAAUUUUACAAAGCUGAACACCCAUGGAGUUAAUCAAAAACUAUCUCGAUGUUCUUAGCAGUGGGACUGGCAUUGUUGAUAAAGCUGGUCCCUACAUUUAACUGUGUUUAGGUUGUUCUCUCCUUGUUGCCAUGAGUAUUGCAGGUAAUACAAUAUAUUCAUAAGAAUAUCAAUCUUGAGGCUAAAAUGCCUUGAUUCUUUGCACCUCUUUUACAAGUCUUACAUUUAAUUACUAAUUGAUAAGCAGCAGCUUCCUACAAAUAGUGGGAGACUGCCACAUUUUUGCUAUCAUGAUUGGCUGGGCCUGCUGCUGUUCCUAGUAAGAUAUUCUGAAUUCCAUUUUAUCAAUAAAGCUUGAUUUAACAAACAAGA